AGAGGAUCUGGGCACCCCUGGGACCACGGAACACAGCUUCCCGGUGGGUGACAAGUGGCUGCCUAGACCUCUUGUUUCAGCGUCACCACGUUUGGUUACUCAGCAUGGGAGGAUCCUCUUCUAAGCCAGAAGAAACAACUCUGGAGUGUAUCCUUAAAAACUGGAAAAUUUUCAAAUAGACGGGCUGAAAAGGGAAAAACUUAAACUCUACUGUAACAUUGCCUAGCCCUUAUAUAAGUUGGGGGAUGGAGAAAAAUGGCCUGAAAACGAGUCUCUAAAUUACAAUAACUUCUUGCAAUUGUAUCUUUACUGUCGCAAGGUGGGAAAAUGAAGUUCCAUAUGUCCAAGCCUUCAUGGUCCUUUACCAAAACCCUGCUCUAUGCGGCUCCUGUAAUCAAAAGCCUGGGGAAUCAGAAAACCUUCCCAACAUUUUAGAUGAUGCCCUUUUAACUUUCUCCACUUCUCAGGGGGGAAACCAAGUAUACCCUACUUCUCUAGAACCACCUACUUCUCCAGGGGCAUCUUUCUCUGGGUCCCUCUGACUAAUCCCAAAUUCCACCUCCUUAUGUCCCUUUAUACCCUCUAUUACCCAAGGAGGGAGAGUCUAGACUCUCUGGGGUAACUCAGUGGAACUUCCUAUCACCCAGAAUCAGGUUCAGAGUUAGCCCCUGCCUCUGUCCUACAAGACCUUUACCUGCUUCGGGAAGUAGCGGAUGGGAAUGGAAGGAUUACUACAGUGCAUGUCCCCUUCUCAAUGGGAGAGUUAGGAAUCUGUAAGGAGAGGUUUGGCAGGUUCUCAGAGAACCCUGACAAAUUUAGGAAUGAAUUUAUCAGGCUAGGGUUGACACUCUCUCCCACCUGGCAGGACAUCGUGGUUAUUCUGGCUCACUGUUCCGUCCCAGAUGAAAAGGAGCAUGUACUGAGAAGGGCCAGGGAACAUGCAGUGGCAUACUUACCACCAAUCCACACCAUCAAAUUUAUCAGCCCGUCUUCCCUUUUGUACUGCCCUAGCUCACCCUCAAUAACUGUGUGUUUCUAUGGAGUGCUACUGAGGCUUUCUGGAGCAAUGUAAAAUCUGUGUUUACUCCAAACUGUUUGCUCCACCACCCACACCUUCUAGAAGAAUUGUGGGAUUAGUGAUAUGCUUUCCUAAACCACAGAAAAGCUGAAGAUGUCUAAGCACUUAGUGGCUUUGACAGUGACCACCCUUCUUGGUGUGGCUGUUGGGGGGUUUGUCCUGUGGAAAGGCAUCCAGCGCCGGAGGAGUAAAACGAGCCCGGUGACCCAGCAGCAGCUGCCGCUGCAGCAACAGAAAGUGCCUGGCAGGCGAGAGCUGACCGCUCCAGAAGAGGACCAGCCACACUCCAGGGCCCCCAGAGCCUCAUGGGAAGAGAGGAUCCUUGGAGCAAAGGUGGUGACUGUGUCUCAGGAGGCAGAGUGGGAUCAAAUUGAGCCCUUGCUUAGGAGUGAGUUAGAAGAGUUUCCAGUACUUGGAAUCGACUGUGAGUGGGUGAAUUUGGAAGGCAAAGCCAGUCCUCUGUCACUCCUUCAAAUGGCCUCUCCAAGUGGCUUCUGUGUCUUGGUUCGCUUGCCCAAGCUGAUCUGUGGAGGAAAAACACUACCAAAAACGUUAUUGGACAUUUUGGCAGAUGGCACAAUUUUAAAAGUUGGAGUAGGAUGUUCAGAAGAUGCCAGCAAGCUUCUGCAAGAUUACAGCCUCAUCGUUAAGGGUUGCCUGGACCUCAGAUACCUAGCCAUGAGGCAGAGAAACAAUUUGCUCUCUAAUGGGCUUAGCCUGAAAUCACUUGCUGAGGCUGUUUUGAACUUCCCCCUUGACAAGUCCCUUCUACUUCGUUGCAGCAACUGGGAUGCUGAGACUCUGACUGAGGAUCAGGUAAUUUAUGCUGCCAGGGAUGCCCAGAUUUCAGUGGCUCUCUUUCUCCAUCUUCUUGGAUACCCUUUCUCUAGGAAUUCAACCCUAGAAGAAAAUGAUGACAGCAUUGGCUGGAGAAAAGUCUUGGAGAAGUGUCAGGAUGUGGUAGAUAUCCCAUUCCGAAGCAAAGGAAUUAGCAGAUCAGGAGAAGAGGUUAAUGGAGAAGCAACAGAAUCUCAGCAGAAGCCAAGAAAUAAGAAGUCAAGGACUGAUGGAACGUUGCCAGGCAGCCACCAAGGGAGAGACCCUAGAAAACAUAAAAGAAAGCCCCUGGGAGUGGGCUAUUCUGCCAGAAAAUCACCCCUCUAUGACAACUGCUUUCUCCACGCUCCUGAUGGACAGCCCCUCUGCACUUGUGAUCGAAGAAAAGCUCAGUGGUACCUGGACAAAGGCAUUGGAGAGCUGGUGAGUGAGGAGCCUUUUGUGGUCAAGCUACAGUUUGAACCUGCGGGAAGACCGGAAUCCCCGGGAGACUACUACUUGAUGGUUAAAGAGAACCUGUGUGUAGUGUGUGGCAAGAAAGAUUCGUACAUUCGGAAGAAUGUGAUUCCACACGAGUACCGGAAGCACUUCCCCAUCGAGAUGAAGGACCACAACUCCCAUGAUGUGCUGCUGCUCUGCACCUCCUGCCACGCCGUCUCCAACUACUACGACAACCACCUGAAGCAGCAGCUGGCCAGGGAGUUCCAGGCCCCCAUUGGCUCCGAGGAGGGCUUGCGCCUGCUGGAAGAUCCUGAGCGCCGGCAGGUGCGUUCUGGGGCCAGGGCCCUGCUCAACGCGGAGAGCCUGCCUGUGCACCGAAAGGAGGAGCUGCUGCUGGCGCUCAGAGAGUUUUAUCACGCAGAUACGGUCACGGAGGAGAUGCUUCAGGAGGCUGCCAGCCUGGAGACCAGGAUUUCCAAUGAAAGCUACACUCCUCACGGGCUGAAGGUGGUGCAGCGCCACUCCCAGGGCGGGCUGCGCUCCCUCAUGCAGCUGGAGAGCCGCUGGCGGCAGCACUUCCUGGACUCCAUGCAGCCCAAGCACCUGCCCCAGCAGUGGUCGGUGGACCACAACCACCAGAAGCUGCUCCGGAAAUACGGGGAGGACCUUCCCAUCAAGCUGUCAUGAUAGCUGCUUCCCUUCCAGGUUAGGACAGCUGGGAAGAUGGAGCCAGGGGUAAAAAGCCACCUCUUCCUGUUUUAAUGUCAUUGUCAAGCCUGGUGACACAACUCACAACACUAACCUGUACGGAUCCCGGGAUGCUUCUGGUGGAGCAAGCCUGUUGUUUUCAGGGGAGCUGAUGGUUUUGAAUUUUAGCUGGGCAGGGUGAAAGUUCUUCAUUCCACCCUCUUGUUUUAUUUUUCUGGACAAAUGGGAGCCUUGACCUUCAUUUUACUCUCCCUCUUCUGCUUUCUCUGUACAGACGACAAAUGAAGAAUUCUCUCUCAAGUGUCUUGUCAAGGCUUUCAGGUUUUUAAUACUUUUCUUCCCUGUCCAGCAUGUUGGUUUAUCUCAAACAGGAGCUGUCAAGUAUUUCAAGCCCAUCAGAUUAGGAGGGGAAAAAACAUUCUCCUCCAGGUCGCAGAGGUGAGAGGGGGUCGGAUUCAUAUUCCCAUUUCAACCUCGUAAUUAGAAAGUCUUUGGCUUAAUGCUGUGCUGUAACUCACCUGGUUGGGAUCCAGCCCAUCUGGGUUGCUUCGGUUGAUUUCACAUGCUUGAAACUGCUCCCCUUUACAUGUUCGGGACCAAAGCAGCAACUUACUGCCAUAUGUUUUCAGCCUAACGCUGGAGGGAAUUCUUUUCUGGAAAGAGGCCUUCAGCCUGGGUGAAGCACAGAGAAGCACAGGCACCAUCUCCCAGGACAACUUGGAGAAUUUGCUCAGCUUUCCCUUUCGCGUUUGCUGCAGUCGUCCUGCCCAGAACGGCAAGGUUUUUAGCUUCAUCCUUUUCUGAGAGGAAGAUUAUCUUUUCUCAGAAGCAGUAUCUGGUCCCUUCAGUGUUCUGUGUUCCAUCAGGUUUGCAAUAUUAACCUCUUUCUAGCUCUUAAUUCUCUCCCAGAGUCAUUUGGCUAGGUUGAGAAUAUGUCUCCACCUCCCCUCACGCCUGGGGACGCCGAGAUUCAUUAAUAUGUUUCAGUGUUCAAAACGGUGGUGUUUUCAUCUUUCUAAAUGUGAGGCCACCACUUUGAGCGCGAAAUCAACUUAUUAGUGGUUAGUAUUUUUUAAAAAGUGUUAGGAAAACUUUCUUACCUUACCAGAUCUUAACAAGCAUAAAGAAGAAUUUUAUGGCCAGAAUCCAACAAGACCUCUAUUUUGGAAUUGUGCCCGAGUUGGUGAUGGUUGCUUUAACAUUGAUAAAUAACAACUUCUAAGCACAAAGUUCGCUGAUUGUAAAUGUAAGACUUUUUUCUUCGUAAUUUUAUAAAAUCAGCAAAUAUUCUUGGGGAAGGAGAUCUUUAUCCUAGAGGUCCCUGCCAUGUGGCAGCUCAUGGUACGUGUGCAGAUGUCUUCCCCUUCACCGCCCCCCCGCCCCCCGCCCCCUCUGGCUUUGGCCUGUCGACAGCAGCCCACUGUUCCUCUGCCCAUUCAUCCCCACUCAUCGUCGAACAGGUGUUUCUCAGAUCUAAACUAGAAAGUCCUGAAAACAAAUAGUACCAGCUACUUUGGGGACCGAUCUGUUCAACACACUAGGUUAUGAUGGGGCAGAUUCCUUGGGGGCUGUACUGCAGGCAGCCCAAGGGCUGAGAACCCUGGAGAUGCGUAGGUGGUCGUCGUACUCAGACUUGACACAAGGGGGCGCUCGUAGAUCUUGUUUUAUACUCAUUCUUGCGAAAUAAGGGGGUUUUUUUACACUGAACGUAACUCAUGAAUUAUGUUUCAGAUUGUAUGUCAUUUUGAUAGCUUUACAAGACAAACGCCUUCCUCUGAAACAAGGGAGUAGGGCUCUUCCUUUUUCCCUUUGAUCUUCACACUAAGAGGUGAGAAACAUGUAAGAGGUCGUUUAAGGUGCUGUGGUUGCUGCGGGAAGAAGGAAUGGUUUUUCCAUCAGAGCUCCCUGCAAAGCUCAGUAAUGUAGAGCCAAAGCCAAGACAGAGGGAGAAUCUAGACUGUGGCACCCUCGACUUCUCCUUUUCAGAACAGUUACUGUGUAGAUUUGAAUCUUUUUGUUUUCUGAGUCAGCCUUGGACUUUAGCAGCCUUUCCCUGACUGACAAUUGCUAUCUCAAAUGAGUUAUUUUAGGGUGGGCAUGUUUUAAAAUAAAAUUCUUUUUUCUGAUAUAAGAGUAAUGUGUAUGCUUGUUAGAGACAAAUCUAAAGAAAAUGAAGAUCCAUCUUCCCUCCAUACAGAACAGAGUUAAUCUCUGCUGGUAGGUUUGUGAAUUUCCUUUCAGUAUUGAAAAGAUGCAUAUAACGUGUAGUAUUUAAACAAACUUGACGGUCAUAUAUAUAGCUUGGUAUUCUAUUUCUUUUCCCCUGUUUAACAUGGUAUCACAGGUAAUUUCUUGUGUCUUUAAAUCUUUGAAAGUAAAUUUUCAGUAACUCUACUUUAUUAUUCAUUCCCACACUGUUGAAAAUUUUGGUUGAUUCAGAUCCUUUGUUAAUAUCAGUGAUGUUGUGAUGAACUUUUUUGUGUAUAAAUCUUUUUUUUUUUUUUUUUUUGGGGGGGCACAUGGGCUUAGUUGCUCCAUGGCAUGUGGGAUCUUCCUGGAGCAGGGAUCGAACCUGUGUCCCCUGCAUUGGCAGGCGGAUUCUUAACCACUGCGCCACCUAGGAAGCCCUGUAUAAAUCUUUUGACUAUAUCUUUGCUAACUUUUUUAGGUUAGAAAUUGGGUUGCGAGGAGGGGGACUCACAUUGCUGGAGUGUGUACAAAUUGAUAUCAACUUUUAGGAGUUUCUGUGAAGGGAAUGCUUCCCUUUGACCCUUUAACUCACGUCCCAGUGCAUUUGCCAAGCUUCCUCCCCUAUGAGUAGCAGUGAGUGGACACUGUCACAGCAAAGGCCUCUCUGAAUGUGCCUGAUCAUGAUUGUAGGCUCAGAGUCUUUUCUCUGCUUCCCUUCUGUCUCCCAUCCUUUAUUGCCUCAUUCCCCCAUGCAGCAGGGGUUAUUUUUGGAAAUAGUGUUCAUUUUAAAAUAAAAAUGUAAGCAAUUUUAAUUAAAAAUAAAAAAUUUUAUUUUAAAAUAAAAGUUAUAGGCUCCCCUCACCCCCCGCCACCGAUACACAAGCAAUUAGUGAUUUGCCAUCUUAGAGUGAACAAGGCACAAUAUUCAGGGAUUUGUUGCCUCUUAAUAGUGCAGCUGUAAGUUCCUUAUUCUCAUCCAUGUCACAGACAGAGAUCAGAUGACAAAAUGUAUUCUGUUGAAAUAAAGCCAUUUUAACCCCUCAUUUUAGACUCAUAGGAAUGCAGCAGGCAGAAAGAGCCUUUGUUCAGCUUCCUGUUCUAAUGUUUGGGGCCCUAUUUUGACUGUAAUUUAAAUUCUUCAUUACUUUGCCUGAGUUUUUCAUUCAUUCAUUUAUCUUUUCUUCCGUUUUUUCCUUCAUUAUGUCUCAUCCUCUGAAAGGUAUCAUAGUUUCUCAGUUUACUAGUUUGCUACUUAUUACAUCUUUUAAAAGGAUCAUUCUUUCUGGUCUCUUGCCUUUUCUGUUGUUCACCCGGUCAUUUUUAGAGUACCUCAUCCCUCAGAAAUACAGUGAGAAUCAGUUUCUCUUGGAUGAGAUAAACUAUAAGAGGCUGUAAGAAUGAUUCGUGUAUAGUUAGCUCUUAAUCUGAGUAAUAUAAAAAUAAUACAUAAUCCUCAAAAUACUUUUAUUUGGGAAUUUAGUUAUUCUUUUUAGGUGCUCACCACGUUGCCCCCGCAUGCUGGAGCCAAAUACCUUUGUCUGUCCUGGGGCAGUUUUGCAUCAGGUGGUGCAGCAGGGUUGACAUGCAACCAGUCGUUUGUCCCACUUGUUCCACCCACCCUACCAGGGAGAUACCUUUGCCUGUGGCACCAGGGUCCUUACUUAACUGGCAGCAUGUUAUUUGGGAAGGUGGGAAGUACAUUAGACCAUUGUUUCCUUCUAACCGGCUUUGUCUGUGGCCAACCCUGGUUGUUGGCAGUCCCUAGACACUGUGGGUACUGGACCAGAUGGGCAGUCACGUGGGAGACAACCAAGAGCUGACUUCCUGUGCACAGGGACAGGAAAUGUCAAAGGACCCAGUUCACACAUCCUGGGUUGAUCCCUCCUCCAAGGCAGUGGUACUCACUGCCUUAAAAGGUCACUGUCUGCUCUGACUGGAGAUAGUUAAUCUCAUACCCUCCAGAACGAACUCAAAACAUUUGCCCUCCUUGCAACUUCCUUGUUUCUAAUUCUUGAAUUUUUCUCUCUUGCUUGAUGGGUAGCCUGCUGCCUUUCUGCCAGCAUAAGCUUCAAGGGCUGCUGAGUUUACAGUGAGUGUUAUUAUAAGCGUGAUGUGUGGUCCAGAUAUUCCUGAGUUGGAGAGGCUACUUAUAUUCUACUCCUGCUUCCCAGAGAUCUCCCUUCUCAGGCUGCAACAUGCUGGGGCAGAGUUGGAAUUCUGACUACUCAUGCCACCAGGGUAUCUAUUAAGUCCUGGAUAAGAAUCUGAAAUUUGAGCUUAGUCAGCUAAGGGGGCUGAAAAGAAAUAGGAGAUUGAGACACAGGUAGUUUUAAAGAAGGUACGUUUAUUUGGUUGGUGGGGAUGAUGGAAGUGUCGUCCAUGGACUUAACUAUAUUUCGCGUUUUCCUAAACUCAGUUGUAUAGUGUGUUGGAGGAUCAGAGGACUGGGUUGAAACCUGGGUUCUGGUUCUGGCCAUCAGUUGUGUGUCUUUGGACCAAUCACUUAACUUUUCUGGACUCCUUUCUGUACCUAUAGAAUUAGGAGUUUGAAUUAGAUGUGCUGCAAGGGCCCUACUAGUGCAGCAUUCUGUAAUACAUCCCACCGUCUCUUUACGUGGCAUUUUCCCUUGGGUGCUGUGUACCUUCUACUUCGUUGCACACUCUCAUCCCACCCUCAGCCUUGGGAACGGAGGCUGCGCAUGAAAGGAAGGGGGGUGAGGGAAGCAGGAUGCCACACCAUGUCCUCCUGGCUUUGUUGACUAGGGAGAAGCCUGCUCUCUCCAUCUGGAGCUCCACUGGGGGUCAAGAUACUCUUCUCACCAGAGAUGUACUGUGUGUGGCCUUAAGGAACUCACAUUUCUAUUCAGUUCCCUGUUUAACAGUAAAGAAAGAAGAGAAAUCUUUAUCUUUACCUGUGUUGCCAGUGAUGUAAGGCUUAAUGAGAGAUAAGCACAGAGUAGAAAUGAAAUAACUGCCAAGUGUUAUAAAUGGGAGGAUGUUGGGGGGUGGAGUGGGAAGAGUGUUUCUCAUUUUAAAGAUAGGAGGAAUUAAGCUAUGCCAUGGAGAGAGACUUGAAUAGAAUUGGGUACUUGAAAAGGAAAACAUAAACCUGUAAGUUAAAAAUAUUCUUUUUUUUUUUAUGUUGUCAGGACUUCCUAAGACAAUUUGAGGGGUCCAUUGUGGAUUAACCCCCAGGGAGAUUUGAGACGUCUCUGGGGCCUGCCCUUGUAUAACCCUGACCUGCCUGGGACUUUGUCCUGCUUACCUUUGCCUGGCCACCAGUGAGACAGACGCAUGCAAAAUGUAAAGUUUAUAUUUUAUAAGCUGCUGAGAGACAUUUUCCCCAUUUCCUAUAUAUCCAUUCCCUGUUACCUGGCAGAAGAUACUUUUUCCAGUCCAUCCUUGUGCUUAGUUUCAGUCCCAAAGAGGUAUAGUGUAUUGGCUUUUCUUCAUGUGGCAAAGGUUUGUACCAAGUAUGCUCAACUUGAAGCUCUUUUCACAAUAAUCACUUCGAUGUAGACAUUUUCUACCAAAUUGGGGUCAUUUUGUUGAUGUUCCAGAAGAAAUGACCAGAUGGCCAAAAGGGAGGCUAAAGUAUAUUUUUCUGCCCUCUCCUAGAUGGCCCCAACUUUAUCAAAAAUGUUGACAUCUUUUAUGAUAUCUCAUAGAGCCAAGUGGAGCCCCAGUCAGCUGGCUUAGUUCCUUUCUGAUCAAGAUCCGUACGUUUGGCCCUGGAGGUUUGGUCAGCCUCAGCCGUAGCACAUACGGCUUCCUCUGAGUUCUCGGAGACGAUGAGCAAGACUAAAGUUGGCUCAGAAAAGGAACAGAAGACGACUUGGGACUAGUUUUCCCUUUUUUAAAUGUUAUACAAGGGCAGAGAGCUGGCUGCCAUCCCCCUCUCAAACCAUCAGCAGAGCUUGACCUUGGCCAAGAUCUUGCCUCAUCCUCUCGGCAUUUUAGCAUCGAGUUGCGUUUCAGCCGUGGAAUGCUUAACCAAAAGCACAUGCCGUCGUGGUAGUGUCCAGAGAGCCAGUUUUUGCAGAAAGUCCGCAUCGUGUUGUUUUCUCAAAACAACAGUUUUCACUGAACUGCCAACCCCGUAACCCCCCAAACGGUGAUUCUUUGGUUUAUUUGUACACAAGGGCUGGGAUUUUUGUCACUGUUAAUAAUACUUUAUUGGAGUGCAAUAUAAUGAACACAGAAUAAAAUGUACAAAUCUUAAAAGUACAGCUCAGUGAAUUUUGACACAUGUAUACACCCAUGUAAUCAUUAAGGCCUGGAGUUUGUUAUAUUACAUGAAACACACAUCCUGAUGAUGUACAGCUUGGGGUUGGGAGGUUGUCCAUUCAUGUAGCUGAGCAGAUUACACCACAGUAAAUCCAGGUCAAAAUGUGAUAACAUUUGAUGGUCCGAGUCCAGGCAGUUUGCCCUUUUGUCACAUCUAGGGGACUUGGGUCCUGCAAAGUUUCAUGUUUGUUUUUAACAAGUUACUUUUAAGCAUAGGUAAUAUGUGCACAUAGUACAAAAUUUGUUUUUAAAUGUAUAAUGAAAAAGGAAUCUCCUCCCCAGUCCUUUCCCUCCCUGACGGUAACCACUGUUACUAUUACUCGUGCGCUGUGCAUCCGUCAGACAGAGACAGAGAUAGAAUGUGAAUGUGUGUGGUUUUUUUGGUUGUUUAAGUCCCACAUUUCUUCUUUGAUUGCCAAGCAAGAAUUUCUCUGCCCUUCUCCCCAUACUCUAGGCUCUAGUCUAGGGCAUUUGUGUAGAAACUUGGAUUCUGCAGCCUCAGUAGGACUAAUCCUAUUUGUCUUGUACUGUAAAGUUCAUACUCUGCAUCUGUCAUCUGGCUCCAAAGUCUGUGUUUCUCAUAGGAUUGGCCAUGAGUUGAUAAUUGUCUAGGCUGGGAUUUUUACAUUAGGCUUUCUACUGCUUUUAAUAUAUAUUUGAAAACCUCCGUAAUAAAAUGUUUUUUUUUUUAAUUCUUAUUUCUUUAGCAGUAGCUCCUGCAACACACCUAUCUGCUUACGUUUUGAGUUUGCUUUAAAGUAAUGUUUAAUUGCAAUCUGAAAGCAAACUAUAGGUGGAUCUCUAGACAGUCCCACCCCACCCCCACAUCCACCCAAAUCAGACAUUCAAAAUUCCAAAGUUACAAACAUGAACCAGGAUGAUUAUUCACCUUCAAAAGCUGUCCUUUUUCUUUUUAAAAUUUUUUUUCAUCCUUCUUUUUAAAGCUAAGGUUGACCUAAAAUUUAUUUUGAAAAGCCAACUUCUCUGGCAGGCAAGAUUUGAUUUGAUUUGUACACUAAGUUUCUCAAGAAUGCAGAUCUUAUGCAGAGCAGAGGACUUAUAUUCACCUUGAAAAGUAUUUUACACAGUGUACGGGCUCAAGAACCAGGGAAGGAAGAACCUCGUGGACCCACCCUCUCAGCUGGGGAGAAAGCUUGCAUGCCAUGGGGGCGCCUUAUUUUGUACUCCUCUGAGACAGGUGGAGGAGGAGUCAGGUCUUCUCCAGAUCAGAGCUUCCUAAAAGAUACACAGCCUGGGGAAAGGUUUUCCAAUUCAAAGCCCAUAUGGUUUCCCUGGAGCCAUUUUAUCCUUGAUGUCCUAUCAUGCUCUCUACUGUGUCUUGCUGUAAUCUAAUCACCCAAGCCCUCUCCAGUCAUCAUUAAGUAUAUCCCCACUGGUCAGGGAGCUCCCUUUGAGCAUCCCUUUAGAGCAGCUGUCACAUUUGAGCGGCAUCUGCUUUCUGACGAGCUUGAAGACAGAAUGAAGGGAGUCGUUGAGUCUUUCCCAGUGGAAGUGGAUGACACAAGUAACCUUCGGGACUGCGAUCAGUAUGCUGUGAGUUGAAUGACCUGGCAGCUUGUGUGUGCAGGGAGAGGGGGUUAUUCCCAGACGGGGCAGCCGAUCUUCAUGGCCUCAGCCCUGUGGUCCAUGCAGGGUCCUAACGCUGGAAUGGUUCCCAGAGCCUUUGGCUCCAGCUCUUUCUGGGCAGGGAAACAGAACGAGGCAAGAUGCCUGGUGUGUUUUAAAUAGAUUGUGCUUGCUGCAGCCAAUGAGCCCGACAGCUUGGGAGGUGAGUGACCCUCCCUGAGAGAUUUGUGUUGCGCCAUUCCUCCGGCCUUGCAGCCCCGCAAAUGCCGACCACCCCCACCCCUCCUGUUCCUCCCCUCUGACCUAACUCCCCUGCUCUCUGGAUGCUUUCUUUUCAAGCCUUUCUGGUUUUAGUAUUUAAUACACUUUUAUUGGUUUUCACACUCUGCCUUUUCUUUCCCUGAAGCUGUUUUUCCUCACGCUCUGUAUCUUUUCAUCUCUUGAAGUCUGUUUCUGUCCACUCUCCCCAGAGCACAUCUCCAUCUGCAGCUCCUUAUCUGACUCUGCCAUGGCUUCUCAACUGUCCUCUUGCCCCCACCUGGACUUUAUUGACCCUGGAAAGAAAGGAUGAAAGGGUGGAGGAGCCUACCUUGAGCCAUCCUACUUGUGGGGCAGGUAGCAGCUCCAGUCUGGGAAAUGGACCAUAAAGACGGCAGCUGUUUCUGGGCCGCAUGGUGGUGCAGUAGGCGAGGAGGAGGAGUCAGAGAUGACAGGAAGGGUGGAGGCGCCCAGCACCCAUCGGAGGUGAUAAUCAGAAAAGGAGGUGGAAGAGGCAGGCCAGGGGGAAGCUGGGUGUCAGGAGCGAAAGCUGAGGAGGAGCUGGCGCCGGGAGAAAACCAGGGGCGUGGGAUCCAGCCAGAGGUGCUGCAGCCCAGCUGCUGAGCAGAGGCAGCAGCGCGGGGGUGGGGCCAGGAGAAGAGGGCGCCUUAGAGACCUUUUCUCCCCACUCUUCUCUGGCCCUUUUGUUCUUUCUCUUUCAUGUUUCUGUCUUCAUGUUAUAUUAGCAGCAGAAAACAAAACAAGACAAAAGGCAGCCUGUCUUUGAAAGGGAAUGGCGAGAGCUGGAGGAUUUAAGGCUGGACGCACUUCCCUCUUUGCGGAACUCUUAGGCGGAACUCUUUGCACGUCUGGCUGCUGGAGCCAUGAGGGCCAGCCCCUUACAGGAACACCUUGAGUGGAGGUCCUGUACCAGCUUGACAGCCCAGCCAGAGUGCGACCAGCACAGGCAGCCAGCAGUCGUGUGCGCCCACAGACCCCAUCCGUGCGCACGGGACGGCCUGGGGGCAGGGCUGUUGGCCAACCUAGCCAGAGGGCUUGGGCUGAGGGGUGGCUUCCACGGCACGAUGCCAGCCCCAUCAUGGGCUCCUCCCCUGCUAGGAGCUAAGCUGCACAGAGGCCUGGGGUAGAAGAAAGAGAAAGGAAAACUCCUGGUUAAAAAAAGAGGUAAUCAAUGCAUGUGGCAAAAACUUCAAAAGGUACAAAAGAAUAUACAGUGAAAUCUCCCUCCUGUUCAGCUUGGGUUCCCCUCCUCAGAGUUAUCCCUGGAUGUAACAAUUUCUUGUACGUGCCUCCAAUGUCUUCUUUUUAGGUCUGCUGUAUUCCAGAAAUUUUCAGAUUCUUCAUGCAAUGGAACAUUUAAAAUUGUUUGGGUGUAUAUGUAUGUAUGUAAUAUGUGCCAGA